AUGGUCAAGCUGGAGUCGACUUCAAAUGCCAUUUGGUGGAUUAAAAAUCCAAAGGCAGGAAAGGCCAAUAAAUCCAAGGGUCGUAAGGCAUCCUUGGGUUCAGCUUUCUGCUUAGAUAUGGCGGAUCUCCUCAGAAAUAUAUCUCUGCAGGGAUACAAUAAGCUACUGUCCCCGGAUUUAACAUUGGGUCAGAGAAUGAUUUGGUUGCUGCUGCACAUUGCCACCACCGUUUCCUUGGUGGUGGUUCUAUCACUCACCUGGGAGCAGUUUGUGGCCCAAUACUUUGUUACCAAUCUGAAGGAUCCACUCUAUCCUGUCGAAGACGUACCGUUUCCGGCUGUUUCCAUUUGCACCAACAAUCGGAUUUCCCGGCAGGCAGUGAUUAGAUACGCGGAAGAAUUGAGAUUAAACAGCCCUGUAAUUCGUCCUGUGGAAUAUUUUCUGGAGCGCUUAAAUUUCUUUCGGGAGUUCUACACCCACGUGGGAGUUGUGGUGGACACCGAUGACUUUGUUACCUUUCAAACGUUCCUGGAUGUCUUUGGCACCUGGAACAACGAAACCUUCUUCGACACCCGUCGCAUCAUGAAAAUGUUGACUCCCAGUUGUGAAGACUUUAUCCUGAAGUGCACUCUGGCUAAUGUCGACAUUCCUUGCUUCAGCAGGGAUGCUUUUCAGGACAGUCUUACCAUGUAUGGACCCUGCUGUACCUUCAACAUGGAGAAUAAAUUAAAGAAAAGGAACCUUACGAAUCGUUUGGCCAGCUCUCAACUUGGACUCACUGUGGUUCUGAAUGACAGUCAAACGGAUUAUUUUGCUCCUAUUCUGAAUACCAACGGAUAUAUUGUUUUGAUACACAAUGCAGAGAAUUAUGCCUCGGUUACUUCCUCGAAUGCACUGGAAAUUUUUCCGAGUCAGGGAGAGGAUAGUUUUGUAUCAAUCUAUGCUAGAGUGGUGGACACGGAUGAUAGCUUAAAGUCUUUUUCUCCAUUUGGUCGGCGCUGCUAUUUCGAUUACGAGGCCCAGAGUCCAGUAAAUGAGCAACUGAUGAGGACCUACACCUACACCUAUAGCUUCCCCAACUGCGUUACCAGGUGUCGAAUACGUAGUAUCAUUGCUUUAUGUCGCUGUUUGCCCUUCCAAUUGCCCUUGCAAUUAGUGGAAAAUCUGGAUGGAGUGGUCUAUUGUACCUUGGGGCAUGUAUCCUGUCUUAAUCAGUACUUGUUCAAGUGGCGCAACGUGAUGACAGAGAGGCAUAUAAUUCCCGGCUUGGAACGAGAAAUCGAGGAGGCUUUGUACUGUCCGCAGUGCUUGCCUUCCUGCAGCGAUGUCCAAUACCAGGUUUCAAUGUCUUCCCUGCCCAUCGACAAUUAUUUGGCCACCCUCAAGAUGGAUGACAAUAACCAGACGGAAUUCAGCACCGAUAUCUCAGUCCUUAGGGUUUACUUUGGUCAACAACAUGCCCAGUAUUACAUUCGAUUGCUGAACAACGCCUGGUUUGAGGUUUUCAGCACCAUUGGCAACAUAAUGUCCAUCUUUGUGGGUUUCUCCAUGGUGGCCAUCUUCGAGAUUCUUUUCUUUCUGUCCAAGUACACAUACGAGGGCUGCAAUCGCAUUGUGGAACAGAAUAUAAUUGACCGAAAGGCCAAACAGUUGGAAACCAAACAGUUGUACAUAUGUCCAUAA